AACGCGGAAACGCGUUGCGCCGAUUGUUAGUUUAAAUGCAAGCUUACAACUUGCUUUAAAAAGGCCACUCUACUUCCACCAAGAUCUAGUGUAUACAUAUUUUUCCCUGUUUUGUUCUUAAAACAGUUUCACUUUCCAGGGAGUUUCAAACCAGCAGGGUAUAAGAGGAAAAAUGGUGAAAUGCUUCAUUCCCCAUUUGGUUUUUGGUGUUUUGGCUGUUUUGGGUGUGUCUUUGGUGAAUGCUGAAGACCCUUACUUGUAUUUCACCUGGACUGUUACUUAUGGUACUCGUUCUAUUCUUGGAGUUCCGCAGCAGGUUAUCCUUAUCAAUGGGCAGUUCCCUGGACCAAAACUUGAUGUAGUGACUAAUAACAACAUUAUCUUGAAUCUCAUGAACAAGCUUGACCAGCCUUUCUUGAUGACAUGGAAUGGCAUCAAACAAAGGAAGAAUUCAUGGCAGGAUGGAGUGUUGGGAACCAAUUGCCCCAUCCCUCCAAACUCAAACUAUACUUACAAAUUCCAGGCCAAGGAUCAGAUUGGAUCCUACACAUAUUUCCCAUCAACACUAAUGCAUAGAGCUGCUGGUGGAUUUGGAGCUCUCAAUAUAAUCCAUAGAAGUGUGAUCCCAAUCCCUUAUGCAAACCCUGAUGGAGAUUUCACUUUACUUCUUGGUGACUGGUUCAAGACCAACCAUAAGACAUUGCAGCAAUCUUUAGAGUCAGGCAAGUCUAUGCCCUUCCCUGAUGGAGUCCUCAUAAAUGGCCAAACACAAGCUACCUUCACUGGAGAUCAAGGCAAAACUUACAUGUUCAGGAUCUCAAAUGUUGGAUUAUCCACUUCCCUCAAUUUUAGGAUCCAGGGUCAUAAGAUGAAGCUAGUCGAGGUCGAAGGAUCUCACGUAAUUCAGAACUUAUAUGACUCUCUUGAUGUACAUGUUGGCCAAUCCAUAACCAUCUUAGUAACCUUGGACCAGCCACCAAAGGACUACUACAUUGUUGCAUCCACACGAUUUACUAAGACUGUUCUCACUGCAACUGCAGUGUUGCAUUACGCCAACUCUAAUGCUCCAGUUUCUGGACCGGUUCCAGCUGCUCCUGCAAAUGGAUUUGAUUGGUCAAUGGAGCAGGCGAGAACAUAUAGGUGGAAUUUAACAUCAAAUGCAGCAAGGCCUAAUCCUCAGGGUUCAUUCCAUUACGGGACGAUAACACCAACUAAGACUAUUGUGUUGGCUAACUCAGCACCUUUAAUAAAUGGAAAGUUGCGUUAUGCAGUGAAUGGUGUCUCCUAUAUAAAUCCCGAUACCCCUCUGAAGCUUGCUGAUUAUUUUAACAUCCCCGGAGUUUUUAGCAUGAAUUCCCUCAGUGAACUUCCUUCAGGUCGUGCUGCAACGCUAGCUACCUCUGUUAUGGCAACAUCUCUCCAUGAUUUCAUCGAAGUCGUCUUUCAGAACAAUGAAAACACCAUGCAAGCUUGGCAUCUUGAUGGUUACGAUUUUUGGGUCGUUGGGUUUGGCUCGGGGCAAUGGACACCUGACAAGAGAAAGAGCUACAAUCUAGUCGAUGCUCUUACUAGACACACUACUCAGGUGUAUCCGAAUUCUUGGACCGCCAUAUUGGUUUCCUUGGACAACCAAGGUAUGUGGAAUGUGCGAUCUACGUUAUGGGACAGGCAAUAUCUCGGACAACAAUUCUACCUCAGAGUCUGGAAUCCGGUUCGCAGCCUUGCUAACGAAUAUGACAUUCCCUCUAAUGUCCUACUCUGCGGCCAAGCCGUGGGGCGUCACCCGUAGUUCGAUUAAACCAUUGAAAACCAACUUUUUCUAGGGUCAUGAGAGUUUGACUGGCGGAGAAAAAUAGAUGAUAGAAAAGAGAAUGGAUCGAAAUCAUUGUUCUUUCAUUUGUGUAUCUUUAGAAGCAUUAGAUAAAUUAUGCAUUCAUUGGAUUGGAUUACUAUAUUAGCUCCAAGAGCCUGAAUUAUAUGUUAUAAAAAGAACUGAGGUUUUAUAAAUUUUAAACCAUAUAAAGAUCUAGCAUUUGGGUA